ACAACUGAAACGACCGUAGUGUGAUGUAAACGUUUAUCUAUUAAACUGUACGAUGAAUUUCGUGCAAAAAAUACGCGUGUAUUUUUUUUUUCUCUAUUUUUAAUCGCUGCUGAUAGUGCGUAGACACUGAUUCUGUGUGAAUAGUUCUUGAAACUUUUGUUUGAAAUAUGUGAAUAUAUUUUGUGUACCCUUCUUACCUGGUAUGGGUCUUAAAAUUUACAUUCGGCUACACGUCUUGCAAAAUAAAUACGCUUGAUCCAUUAUUUAUUUAAAUAAGUGUUGAUAUCACAAAAUUAUCAGUGACGACUCAGUGUCACUCUUACUCUGUACAAUAAUGGAACAAAUUUCAUAGUAAUUAUUAUUAAACGAAUGGAAGAGAAUAAUUGUAUAGUCAAGUAAUUAAAACUUGUGGAAAUGGAGCUUCGAAGAUGCAUAACACCUUUUAUUAUACAAUGUUUCGUUUCGGCAGGAGUUACUUUAAAUAUGUCUGGAAUGGGUCUGGUUAUGGGGUUCUCUACGGUUCUGCUCCCCCAAUUACAGAAACCAGAUUCAAUAAUACAAAUAGAUGAGUCUUCAGGAUCUUGGAUAGCCUCCAUUCCAGGGAUCGCCAUUAUUGUCGGCAACUUUAUGGUAGCAACUCUGAUGAAUAAGUUUGGAAGGAAAAUUGCUAAUUUGAUCAGUGUCACCAUAACAAUUAUUGGCUGGCUAUGCAUCAUCUUCUCGAAUACUACUUCUAUGAUGAUCGCUGCCAGAUUCUUCCAAGGCAUCGCAAUGGGUAUUAUAACAACAUUGGGGCCAAUUUUAAUUGGUGAAUACACCAGUCCCAGAAAUCGAGGAGCGUUCCUCAUGUCAAUAUCAAUAUCGAUCAGUACUGGUGUGUUUUUAAUACACAUAUUGGGCAUAUAUUUGGAUUGGCGGACUACUUCUAUUGCUUGUAUUGGUAUUGCCUUGGUAGAUAUAUUAAUAGUUAUAUUAUCACCUGAAUCACCAAGUUGGUUGGCAAAUCAGGGAAAAUAUGAAGAAUGUCGUAAAGUAUUCAGAUACUUGAGAGGUGACAAUGAAGAAGAAGAAUUAGAAAAAAUGAUAGAAGCAAAUGUUAUUUCUAAGCAAGAGAAUAAAAUAAAAACGUCAGCAAACGACACGAUUGCAGCUAGAAUAGAUAUAAUUGUACAUUAUUGGAAGAAAUUAGUAAAAGACAGAGCAUUUUAUGUACCAGUAUUCAUAAUGCUGCAUGUUUACACAAUGGCACAGUGGAGUGGAGUAAACGUAUUUACGUCAUAUUUAAUAGAUCUUAUUGAGCAUGUUUCCGGAUCAGUUGACCAUAUGGACAUGAUUAUCAUCUCCAUUGACGUCCAGAGAAUAGUAACCAGCACGAUUGGCAUAAUUCUAAUAAAGAAGAUACGUAGAAGACUCCUCGUAUUUGUAUCUGUAGGUUUAAAUUUUGUGAUGUACCUCAUUAUAGCUGGUUAUACAUAUGCUAAACAGAAUGAUUGGCUUCCAUACCAUCAUCCUUACAUCGGCUUAGUAUUAAUACAUUUACAUAUGUUUUCUAUAGGAAUCGGUGCAUUGCCAAUAUCGUUUGUGUUGUCUGGCGAGAUCUAUCCAUUAGAAUACAAAGGUAUUUCUGGUGGGAUCAGCACUAUAUUUAUGUCUUUAAAUAUUUUCACAAACGUGAAAACUAUACCAAUGUUAUUUAAUGCCAUGGGAUUUUCUGAGACAUAUUUAAUGUAUUCAGUUAUAAUUGGCUACUGUCUUGUUAUAGUAUGUUUAUUGUUACCUGAAACUAAAGAUAGAACACUUUUAGAGAUAGAAGAAUCAUUUAGACGGAAAAAAGUAAACAGACCGUAAUGAUUAUGUUAUUAUAUUUAAUUGUAAUGAUAAAAAUGUUAUAAAUAAUGAAAAUGUGAACUUUAAACGAGGUAAAACAAACUUAUAACAUAAACAUGCAAUAAAUUCAUCAAUAUGAGAAAUUCUUAUCGCCCUGCGAACGCACUUAUUUUUUUAAUAAAUUUUGUAAUCUGCUAAUUGGCAAUCUGUUCCUUAUAGAACAAUAAUCCAAUCUGCUGUUUGGAUGUUAGAUUUAAAUUUUGUCAAUAAAUGAUGAGGCCAAUCCAUUAACCAGCUCUCAGUCUCUGUCUGUAAAUCUUUCUACCAGUCCUUGGAUACUGUGUCUUUUUAAUCGAGAGAAACUAAUGCUUCCCGAUCCCUGUAAUUGAGCGGCCAAUUCAUUUCUAUGGCUGUUCAAUAUGGACUGAUAGUUUUUGCUGAAUGUCUCGAUUUCUUGUUUUAUCGUUUUCAGUUUGAUGUCCAUAUACACAAAUUUAUUACUUAUAUAUUGUGAUUUUUUAUAAUAAAAAUAACCGGAACAUCAGACGUGAUAAUAAAUUUCGGUUAAAUGAAAUCUCAAAUUUAUUAA